UGCUCAAUUUAGUGACGCUUUGUACGCUGUGUGGAGUAAUCGUGUGUCGGUGUGUGUCCCCGCGCGUUCGCGACCAAAAAUUCGUGCUGUAUCCAGUAUAGGCGGUUCAGAUUCCGAGAAUUUCAAUGUUUCAAUAGCACAGUAGCGGAGCAGUGAAAAAAAAACGUGGAACCGAAUCGGCGAUUGUCAUCGGUUGCGUGCAAAGUGUGUUCAUUUUUGUUUGCAUCAACAAUUGUGCAAGCAAACUGCCAGAAGACUGCCCGUGAAACACAGCCAUAGUCAGCCGGGAAGUGUUCCCAGGGACACAGUGAUUACGGCAGGAAGAAAGUGAAGCAGAACAUUAAAACCCCGAAAUCAUCGCGUUCAUUAUGAAAUUAGUUUGCAAUAACACACAAAGUCAGGAGCUUAGCGACGACAGUAGAAUCGUCGAGAAUCGCCAAUUUUAAAUCAGAACAAAACAACGACGGCUGGUGCGGUGCGGUGCGUUAAUUAAAAGGGGAAUAAGUUUCUGUAAGGGGAUUGAUUACCUUUUCCCCCGCCCGGUAGUCUCCAACCAAAACGGGUUUACCCUCUGUUCCCCAAUCGUACGGAGCUCUAAAAGUGACCGAUUUCUUCUAGAAAGCGCUUCUGUGCAGUGCAAGAAGCACAGUUGCAUCUGUGUCUGUUUGCAACAGCAGCUCAUUAGAGUGGGUCGGUCGUCCUAUUCGGUAGCCAGCCAGCCAGCCAGUGUGUCAUGUUUGUGUUUAUGACACCUGUGUGAGUUGCAGUAGGCCGCUUUUCGCAUGCAACGGAUUUCAAAUAAUCUAAUAACGCAAACACACUUACAUACCGUCUUCGCUGAGCCGAGCCGAGCCAGCAGCAACAAACAAGCGAAACAGGCGAAAUCGUGUUGCGACAAUCUUCGAUCGUCGUCGUCGUUGUCGUUGUCGUUGUCGCUGAAGGCAAAUAAUCAGCGCACAGAAAGAACAAGAAGAAAAGUGAUUCUACAAGUUUUUUUUUUAUAUGUCUCUCGACGUUAUUUCUGGGCCUGCUACACCGAAACCAAUUCCGACCAGUCGGCCAUUCUCUUCUCAGUUUAGCAGCGAAACAAAGUGAAGGUGACGUGAUUUUAUAACUCUCGUGUUGUCGUCUCUCCGUUGUCCGUGUUCGUUCGUUCGUCGCGUAGGGUUCGAAAUCGUGCACGGAUCGUCGUCGACGAAAAAAAAAAAAAACCUGCUGGUGCCGUAGCGUGCGGGAAAACGAACGAACGAACGAUCGAAGAGAAGGUGAGCACCGACGGGAGCGAGAGUAUAAGGCGAGGCAGAAAGAGACGAAAAACACAGAACCACAACAAUCCGCGCACACAGGCACGGGAAACCGAUUUCGUUUGAGUGUUGCACAGAAGAGAAGGGUCAAUAGAGGAAAGCAGCAACAACCAAUAUCAAUAGUAAUACCAAUAAUAAUAAUAAUAAUAACAACAUCAGCAACACAGCGCUUUUAUUUCAGUCAAACAAGUUUUCUACUUGCUCAAAUAAGCAUGAGAAAAACAGCGUGAAAAGGGCGAAACGAAGAAAACGAAAACUAAUCGAAUGAUUUGAGCCUUAGCUCGAAGAUAUCGUAGUAGAACCAGUGUGUGUGUGUCCCAAGAAGAAGUGAGAGUUGAAAAUUAAAAGCAAAAAAAAAAGAGUUUAACUAAAACAAAUAGGGGGGCGGCCUGGGAGCCGGAAAAAAAUCGGUCGGUUUUAGUGAAAAAUCAAAGAUCAAGAAGUGCGAGGUGCGUGUUGUGUCUGAGUGUGUGUUAGUGCUCUAGAUGUGCGCAAAAGGCCAGUGGAAAUAAAUGUAGAAGAAGCAAACCAACAGCAGCAACAACAGAAAAAAUAAGGUGAAAGAUCUUGAAAACCGCGCGCGCGUUUUAUAUUUAUAUCUGUCGGGAAAGCAAAACGAGACAAGAUCAUCAUCAUCGAAAUCAUCCGUUGCCAGAGUCAGUAAAAACAUCGGACGGGAGAUUCCGUCAAAGUUUCGCCACUUCGCAAUCUUCGAUCCCAGAGAUAAUUUUCUGUUUAUUUUUUUGUAUCAAGUCAACUGCGAGAAACCAACAAACCAACAUUAGCAGGCUUUGGAAGGAAUAAAUGUUAAUUUUUGGAGAUAGUGGACUGGGAGCCGGCACCAUUACGACAAGGUGGACACCGAUGGGUCCAGGACCAACGGCUGGUUCGUUGGUCCCGGACGACACCAAUGGGAGCGGUGUCGACAGCAAACACCUGGACGUCGGCGACAUGAGCGAUGAUCUGUCGUCGGCCGAUGCCGAAGGCGUUUGGAGUCCCGACAUCGAGCAGAGCUUCCAGGAGGCGCUGGCCAUCUAUCCACCCUGCGGCCGGCGGAAAAUCAUCCUCUCCGAGGAGGGGAAAAUGUAUGGACGUAACGAACUGAUAGCCCGCUACAUCAAACUGCGAACCGGCAAGACGCGAACGCGGAAACAGGUCAGCUCUCACAUACAGGUUUUAGCGAGACGAAAACUGCGCGAAUUCCAGGCCAAGAUGAAAGUGGACCACACAAUGAUGGGCCCGAAGGAGAGACUGUACCCGGGGUCCAUGGCCGGUAUGACCAGCGCACAGAUCGUCACGGUAGCAGCAGCAAAAGGGCUCAGCUUAACGAAUCCUUCGUGCCUUCCGUAUCAUCCACAUCCCCAUCAUCAUCACCCUUCUCAUCAUCCUCAUCCGCAUCAUCAUCAUCCACAUCACCAUCACCACCCUUCUCAUCAUCUUUCGACACAUCAAUUGCCCCCUCCUCCUCCUCCUCCUCUACCACCACCUCCGCCCACAACACAACUAGCGGCGGCGGCAUCGUCGGUGCAGUCUAGUCAAUUCUGGCAGCCGGGUCUACAGCCCAGUACCUCGCAGGACGUAAAACCUUUUGCCCAAGCAGCCUACGGACCGAUGGGUAAAACGGCCACAGCCGUCUCGGACAGUGGCCUCCAGGCAGCGCACCCGUGGGAAGGCCGAGCGAUAGCGACGCACAAAUUCCGACUCGUCGAGUACAGCGCCUACCUGGAGUUGCGUGUUGAAGAUACUUACCACAAGCACUUAUUUGUACAUAUAGGCGACCAGCCAGCCCACCCGCUGCUCGAGUCGGUGGAGGUGAAGGAAAUCUACGACAAGUUCCCGCAGAAGGCCGGCGGUCUGAAGGAACUGUACGAGAAAGGCCCGAGCAAUGCGUUCUUCCUGGUUAAGUUCUGGGCGGACCUGAAUACCAACAUCGCUAGUGAUGCGGGUGCCUUCUACGGUGUCGGUAGUCACUACGAAAGCAAUGACAACAUGGUGAUUACCUGCUCCACCAAGGUCUGCUCCUUCGGUAAACAGGUGGUGGAGAAGGUCGAAACCGAAUAUUCCCGCUUCGAGAACGGUCGGUACGUGUACCGGAUCAACCGGUCGCCGAUGUGCGACUACAUGAUCAACUUUAUCAACAAGCUGAAGCACCUGCCCGAGAAGUAUAUGAUGAACAGUGUGCUGGAGAACUUCACCAUUCUUCAGGUCAUCUCCAACAAGGAAACCGACGAGACGCUUCUCUGUGUGGCAUUUGUGUUCGAGGUGUCCACCUCGGAGCACGGUGCCCAGCAUCACAUCUACCGUUUGGUAAAGGAAUAGCAUGAGAUCAGUACCGCGUCCCUUACCGUCGCUGGCCUUCAGCAGCAGCAGCAGCAUCAUCAGAGCCAAGUUGUUGACAACAGCAGCGGUAACAGUCUAAUGUUAAGUAAUCUUAGUAAUGCUAGCUACAAUAACGGUAACGAUAGUAACAAUAACAAUAAUGCUAGUAGUAACCUUAACGAGAACAGGGGAGAAACAGGCGUCGGUAAUGCAGUUAGUAGCACUGCUUUACCACCACCACCACCGAUCGUUGACCAUUCGGCAGCUCUCGGGUUAGGCGUUAGUAGUGUCCUCGGAGUCCAGGAGCAGCAGCAGCUAGUAGUGGUCGCCGGAGGAGGUUCCACGGCGGUUGAUUCCGAGCAGAGCUCGUCCGUACUCCAGCCGCCGGUGGUGGAAUUUCACGACGAGCAACAACACCACUACAGUAACAUGUUGGCUGCUGCGAGUGCAGCAGCGGCGGCGGCUGCUGCUGCUGCUGCCGCUGCCGUUGUCGUGCGCAGUAAGUCGGUAAAGCAGGAAUUUAUCGACAGAGAGCGGCGUUACGCGACGACUCAGCACGAACAUGAGCCUAUCGGUACAAUAACAACUACAACAACAACCACAUCUGCUGGCACUGAAAUGGGAACCGGCGAAUAAAUGACCGAAGGAGGAGUGCCGGAAGUGUAGAAAGCUGCUGAUAUCUAAGAAUUCUUCACGUACAUCUUCCUCCACUGUUCGAACCACCACCGGGUACCCUACAUAUUGGGUGGCACUCUUCAGGUUGAUAUUCACAACUUCGGCGCGUUCUUCAGUUCCCAGUUCCCAGUUUGGUGAACGGAAGCAAAACAAAACAAAAAAUCGAGAAAGUAAAUUUUAAGAAACUAAAAACAAAACAGUGCCUAUAUUACAAAGAAAACAAAAAAAAAUCAAGAAACAAAUUACGGAAAACGAAAAGUUACGAAAUUGUAAAAUUUAGGCUCUUCUUCGCUCGCGUUUUUUUUUUUCGAGAACGAAGACGCGCACACUUAUUUGUUCUGCUUUGUUCUGUUUCCUCUUCAUGAUAGUAGUAGUAGUAUUAGUAGUGGUGGUGACGGCGGCAAGAGAAUGAUGAACCACUCACAAAACACAUACAACAACAACAACAAUCAGCAUUGAUCUCAGCGAACACAACAGACGGGGUGGUGGUGAAUUGUGAAUUGGUUUAGAAGAAGAAGGCAAUUUGCUGCCAUAUAGCAUCAAACAAUAAUGUGCGUUAGCCAUACCGUUUUCCGAGCAAAACUAUUACUGUUCUAGUUUAGAAUACACCAGAAAAAAACGGUACAGAAUAAUGGACCAUUUGCAUGCAAUUGUAAAUAAUAUCACUCACACAAACACACACAGAGAGAGAGAGAGAAUAGGCGGAUGCACAAAUGCGCGAGAGCUGCUGUUCGACGCAAGGCGGAAACUGACGACGGCCGCAAAUGUAAAAAGCAAACAACUCAAUUACGUCCAUGAACCCUAGUUUUUUUUUUCUUCAGUGUAUUGUUUAUUAACUUGUAAUUGUAGACUAGUUUUCUGGAAGAGUGCAUAAUUAGGCUUAAAAACGUCAGCAGCAGCAUCAAGAGAUUUUCCUCUUUUGUUUUUGUUUUUUUGGAAAGAAGAGAGGACGUAUUUUUUAUGUUUUUUUUUGUACGUUUGUAAUUUACCAAAACUGGUAAGCGACCGACACUCCGUUCGCGUAACCUUUCGUAACCAGCAAUUCGUGCAGUUUGUGUGCAAUAUGGCGUCGUCAUAGUUGACAGUUACUCAAAAACUGCAAAAAAACAAAAGGUCGCGACAAAAUGCUUUAAUUAUUAGUUCUACACUCGAUAGCGCCGAUACACAGCCCACAGAGAACGUACUUUUGAAAGCCAUUUUUCGUUUGUUUGUUUAUAAAACAAAAACCCUCAGCCAUUUUUUGCCUGCUCUGUUUUCGUCCAAUUAUUGGUUGUCUCCGUUGGCAACCGUCGAUAAACACAAUCAGUUUUGUUUGGAAAGAAAGAGGAAACUGUACAAAAGAGAUACACACUAAAACGCGGAAACAGAUAGGGAAAAAGUGUUUAUUUUAAACGAAGCAAACGGCGCGGCGGUGGUAAUAAAUUUAAAUUAAAAAAAAAAAAACAAAAUGCCAAUACUUAGCAAGUAGCAAAAGAAUUAUCGCGGCGGGAGAAAAGAGCGCAUUAGUGAGUAGGGAAACACAACAGAGAAAGAAAAAGCUGGAUUUCUUAUUUUUCGUUCAGUUUAUUUAUUUUAAAUUUAAAUAAUUAGUAUUGUGUAAGUUGAAGAGAUUUUUGUUUGUUUGUUGAAACCCGCCCAUCAAUAGAAGCAAGGCAAAAUCAUGCCCGUCUGGGAGCAUGACGAAUCAGCAGAUAUUAAAUAUGAUGUAACGAAGGGUUAUUUUUUUUUUUUUCACGAGAGUUAAAAUCUGAUGAAAAAAAAUAUAUUGACAAAAGAAUAUGUUUAAAGGAAUAAUUCAUUUUGAUCUCCUAGUUAGUCAAAUGCAUUAUUAUAAAACAGAGAAAGAGGGAAAGGGAAGCCGCAGAUCGAUGUUUGCAACGAUACAGAAAUCGUGCUUCUUUUGUUCGUACUAAUCUGAUAUUUCAAUAAUAAAAAAAAGAAAACCAAUGUAAUCGAGACAAAUAAUCAUGGAACCAUUGAAAAUAUAAAAAAAAAAAACAACAGAGAAACAAAUAAAUAUACACUCACUUUCACCUAUACGCUAGAAGAAGAAAAACGGAAACAAAAAUAGCUUCAUCUUCUGUGAAGAAUGGAGGUCCAACUCGUGGGAGAAGAAAAGAACAAUUAAAUAGAAGAGCAAAAGUGAAGCAAUUUGACCAGCAGCAGCAGCAGCAAGGACACGAAACAAAAAAAAAACAAAAACAACUGUAAAUUUCUACCGAGAAAGCGAAACAGACGCCGAUAUACGAACGUGUAAACUAUUGCGAGUUUAAAAAAAAGAGAGAAAAAAGCAGUGUAAAUAGUUCAAAAGUUGUGAAAAAUAUUUGAAAAAAAAGGAAAAUGUUCGUUUAGGUAAGAAAACAGGAAAGCAAAUCUUUUUUAGCUAAUGUGUAAGCUUAACUAUAGAAGAAUAAUAAAGAAAAAAAAAACAAUCAUUCUCUCCGAGUUUUCAACUUGUUUGUUCCCAUCUAUAGUUUUUUUUACGAUAAAUCAAAAGUAAAAAACAAAAACAAGUGUUAAUGUGUAUAUUCUGUAAUGCCUGUUUCGCCGUAAUAAAAAGGAAAAAAAACGUAAAACAAACAAAUACAUAACUACAACUAUAUGCGCAGCAAUAGACAGUAAAACAAAUAUAAGUUUGGUCAGAAGAAGAAGAAGAGGAAGAAAGCAUAAUUCAGUAAGUCUUUAAGUAACAGAAAUAAGCCAGCAACACAGCAAUUAAGUUGAAAGUCAACCUACAAAAAACACAUCCCCGAAGCGAGACCGAAAUAACCAAUCAAACUCAUACCCAUACAAUAAAAACAAAACAAACAGAAAGAAGAAAAAAAGCUCAUUUAUCAACUAUGGACUUUGUUUGCGUGCGUGCAACACAGCAGGAACAUACUUACGAAGCAGUAUCCGGUUGCGGUCACGAAAAUGUUUCAGGAAACGAAACAUAAAACAGGAAAAACAAACUAAAUAGAUUCAAAACAAAACAAAAAACACAGUUACAAUUGUACUAAGAGAGAACGGGGAAAAAAAGCAACCGCAGGAUAACACAACUAGCUACGUAAGUAAAACAAUUGAUCUAACUGGGGAAAAAGAAAUGCAGAUACACUGGCGAUAUUUCAGAUCGAUCGUUGCGCAAAAAAAACGAAAAAAGCCCCGCAUGAGAAUGUGAACAGGAUAUAAGUUGAAUAAACAGGUGAAAAAUUCUUGAAAAUUAAA